AUCGCCACCCUCCCACCUGUGGUCAGAGGAUCAAGCAGAAGAUUCACCUGAAUCUUUUGCAGCGGCAGUGACAGUGGAGAUUCGGUACGUGGGUUGGUAGAAUGUUGCCCGUGGAGACCGGCAAGGCGGUGCGGGAGACGAGGAUGGAGAACGGCGGCGGAGACUCGACGACGCUGAGCACGAGAACGGCGGCAGAGGUGCGAGCUAUCAGAAGCCAUAGCGAGGCGGAGAGGAGACGGAGGCAGCGGAUCAACGGCCACCUCGCCACCCUCAGGAGCCUGCUCCCCGCGGCCACCAGAUUGGACAAGGCGGCGCUGCUGGGGGAGGUGGUGAGGCAGGUGCGGGAGCUGAGGGGGAGGGUGGAGGAGGUGGCGGUGGUGGUGCCCGGGGAGGGGGACGAGGUCGGGGUAGAGGACGGAGAGGAGAGCGGAGGGAGGGUGGUCCGAGCGUGGGUGUGCUGUGCGGACAGGCCCGGUCUGAUGGGGGAGCUGAGCCGCGCGGUCCGGUCGGUCCGUGCCAGGGCGGUUCGGGUGGAGAUGGUCACGGUCGGGGGACGAACUCGGAGCCUGCUGGAGUUGGAGGUCGGCGAGGCGGAGAAAGGAGACGGGCGGUCCGCGCUGCAGGCCGCUCUCUGGGCCGUCCUGCUUACGAACCGAGCCGGUCCGGGCGAGAACUACUGCAAGCGGGCUCGCAUGUCCACCCGGUUUAAUAGGACAUAGUUUCCAAUUCCACGCAUGCUCUUUUAGUAGCGAUAGCAAUGGAAAUGUCAGAAGUGCUUGGUAGAUAACAUAUAAGAGAAGUUUGCUGUUUUAGCUUAAAUUACGUGCAAUGUGCAUAUCAAGAAUCACAUCUCAGCUAGUUGUUCA